AUGGCAUCUGAAAGCGCCCCGUUUCUGAGCGAUAACGAGCACGACGAUGACUACGAACGCCAGUCCAACAGUCCCAAAAGCCCCGCCGCUUCGACCUAUUUCAAGCGUCCCCUCAAGAUUCUGGGUGGUCUCACAGCACUCACAUCCGUCCUCACAUUCGCCCUGCUCAUCGCAAUCUACAUCCUCAUCUCUAUCGCCCCUUUCGAAAACAGCCGCUAUGACACCUCCUCUGCUGACACGGUCCGCGACCUCGCCAUCGUCCUCUUCACUACCACCUUCCUCCUCACUCCACACCUCUUCCUGACGCUCCCCGCCAUCAUCCCCCUCAUCACCGACCUCGUCAUGACUAUCGUCAUCUUCGUAUUCACAGCCGAGCUGCUAUCGCAGGGCUACCCAAGCUAUUCCUCAUGCUCUAGGUACCGCCCAUAUGACCCGAGUAACCCAUAUCACCGGGAUCCGCUGCCAGAAAAGCCCGAGUGUGUGGCGGCAAGGGAUCGCAUAUGCGUGAUGAUGGGCGUGGCCGGUAUUAUGGGUAUUGCGGUUGGGUUGUUGAGCGUGGGACUGGUGAUAUUGAGGGCAUGGGCGCUUGUGAAGACGAAAUUUUGGGUGGGAAGGAUGGGCAGCUUUAAGGGCUGGGGACUUCCAGGGAAGGGGUUUGAAAUUAGCUUUUCGCUGAAGAUUGUUAGAGCCGGUGAGGGGAGUAGUGAGAGAGUGUCGGAGGAGGAGAGGCUGAUUGAGACUUGA